AUGAGAGUAAAAGAUGGAGACAGAAGGAGAGACGACAACACCACCAACACACCGGUGGGGAUGAAAAACACACCGGUGGACAGGCCGAAAGAUGGACAGAAAAGAAAUCGUACAAAGAAAGUAAACGACGAAGGCAGAAGAAGAGACGACAACGUUGCCGACGCAUCAGUAGGGCUCAAAAAUACACUAGUGGAAAAGCCGAAAGAUGGACAGAAAAGGAAGAAACACCAGUAUUAUAAAUGGGUACUGGAGGGGGCAGCUGCUCUGGAAAAGUUCCGCGCCGACCAGAAAUUUGUGCAGUCCAUACCAACGGUCGCACCAGCAUGGGUCUACAACAAAACAGCUGCGGAUUUAGUUCGGAAACAAAUGUUACAUGGCGGUCAUCUCCAGAACGGGAAUUUCGUGACGACUCGACACAACGCGCCCCUGAACUUCACCGUAAGGCGGUAUGAAUCAGAAGAAGUGAUCAUGAACGUGAGCAGAGACGCCUUCGACCGAUUUCCUAAAGAAAGCCCGUUUAAGGACAGGCGCUUCAACACGUGCAGUGUGGUAGGGAACGGCGGGAUACUGAAGGGAAGCGGCUGUGGAGAGGAGAUAGACGCCUCCGAGUUUGUGUUUAGAUGUAACAUGGCUCCAAUGGAUGAUGAAUAUCUGAAGGACAUCGGAAAGAAAACCAACCUUAUCACUAUCAACCCCGGCCAGUUCGCGUAUAAAUACAACUCAUUUGCAGAGCAAACAAAGUCUGAAAACGUGGAAGCCUUUGUACAGGACCUCGCAGUGUACGGAGACAGUUACCUUUGGAUCCCAGCGUUCUUCAGUAAGAACUACGUGAACUUGACCAUCGCAGCACACGAAGUCCUGAGGGAGAUACGUCACAUCAGGAACCAAGUCAUCAUACCUCACCCAGAUUUCAUGAAACAAGCACAGGGGUACUGGAGUAAGCAUGGUCUGGGACAUAAUAGAGCAACCACGGGACUAUUCCUAGUCAGUGCGGCCACACAAAUGUGCGCAGAGGUGCGCCUGUACGGCUUCUGGCCCUUCCACUCCGACAGGAACAACACACGCCUGACUGAGCACUACUUCGACAAUGCCGUCCCCACCCCACGGCACAACGUACCCGAUGAGUUCAAACAACUGCAAAGUCUGCACAACUCAGGAGUUCUCCGUCUGAAAACCAAUGCGUGUCGGUGAGGAGACAAUAUGUAUGAAACCAUAAAUUACAGUCAUUGAGAAGAUAUGUGACAAACACGUGAAAAUAGGUCAAAGUUGACUGAAAGUCUGUACAGCCCCCGUCAUAAUGGACCGAAACUGAGCCCCGCCCCAUGUUCGAUCAUGUUCUAUGGAACUGUUUUUGGCGGAGGUGUUCGAGAUAGGGGGUUCUUUUUGUUCGAUAUUGCGUUCUACGGACAGCCUACGGCGGCAAAACAGGAAACUGCAAGUCUGCCUGCAGAUUUCUUCCGAUUGACUGAUCAAAUUACUCCAGUUAUGUGAUCUGACACGAGACUCUCGAAUAUUUGAUAGGUCGCCGUCAAAGGCGACUAGAAGUAUGUACGGCCCCCGUCAUAGAUGAAGGCUUUCUGGUACCGGUCCAUUCUAGUGACGCUGAAGAAGAGUGAUGGAUGUCACUCAAAGCGUCCGGAAGUAAUCUCGUUUUUUUUAUCCAGUUGUAGAGACUGAAUUGCAGUUGAAUAUUGUCUACUUGGAUAUCGAACCUUCAUAACUGUAUCUGGUGAUUUUUAUAAAUUAUGAUUAUAUAGACCUGUCACAUUCCUCACACUCACGAGACCUGAUUAUUUGUAACAUGUAAGUUAUCACAUCUAUUUUCGUCUUGAAAACUUGAUGGUCGGAAGAUUGGUGAUACCAGAUGAAAUUACUGAAAUCAUGGAUUCUUCAUCUGCUGAAUUUAGCCCAUUAAUUCAGAUAAAUGAAA